AACGCGGACAUCAGUGUUUUCUAGUCACAGUUCACCGGUUGCUUUCUGAGUACUAACAACCCAGCGCUAUACAGCUCCUAUCAAUCUACACAAUUCACUAGAGUGCCGUUUGUGCUUGCAUUGUUCGGUUUACAAAAAAAAAAACAACAAAAAUAAUCAACAUCGACCGAAAAAAAAUUUAAUUGAAUUUUUCGUUUUUUUCUCUUUUAAUUACUUGAAGAGAAAAUUCAAUUGUGGUUUUUGAAAAAAAAACAGUGUCUUCUGUUUAAAAAGUAUCGUGUCGAGAUUUUUCUGAUUGAUUCCCACUGAGGCAAACGAAAAGUUACAAUUUUUAGCCAAACAAAAAUGAAGAAAAUUUGUGUUUUAUUCUCAAUUAUUACGAUCGCAACCGCAUCGUUAAACACCGAAACCGACAAUUUGCUGUCGACAGCGCUAAAAUUCGUCCGGGAUUGUGGAGAUAAAUCAAUGUUACUUUGUGCUAAAGAACGUGCCCUACACUAUGUUGAAAACAUCAAUGGAGACGUGAAAAUUGGCGAAGGCAUCUCACUCAUUCAAACCGAACCAGUUGCACAAGGAGGACGUUCGUUGAACGACAUCGAAUUGCCGGAAAAUGGUGAAGCCCGCGAAGGACAAGUUGACUCAUUGUUGGCCGAUCGUGUUGCCCGUUUCUUGGGCUCACACACUCUCCAAUUCAAAGUACCAAAAGACUCAAUUGAAGACAUGCAACGAUCACUUGAUGAAGCUCGUGGAAAAGGCAAGAAGACAAAGAAACUCUUGUUGCCAUUGCUGUUGUUAUUCAAAUUGAAGGCUGCCGCCCUUCUGCCAUUGGUUCUCGGUUUCUUGGCAUUGAUUGCAUUCAAGGCAUUGAUCAUUGGUAAAUUGGCUCUAUUAUUGAGCGGUAUCAUUGGAUUGAAGAAACUGUUCGAAUCGAAACAUUCGUCACAAAACUACGAAGUAGUCGCUCAUCCACAUAGCUCAUUUGACGAACAUGGUCACUAUGGACGCGCUUUGAACGAUGCACAAAAUAUGGCAUACUCAGCACACCAACAAUAAAGAAAAUAACAUAUAACGAGAACACACAACAAACAAAACAAUUUUUCUUUUUUAUUUAAGAAGAGAAUUAGAUGAUGAUGAAGAAGAAAACAAAUUAACAAUUUUUCAGCAAAGCAGUUCAUCGAUCGUAAUUUAAAAACAACAACAACAAUUCACACCCAUUCACACAUCGCAAACACUUAAUUUAUUGAAGAAAAAAAAACAACGACAAAAAAGGGAGAAAAAGAAUCAAAUCAAAAAUACUUUUAGCGAUAUCUAAACUUAUUUUCUUUUUUUACAUUACGAGGAUUUACACAAACAGAGAAACAUACAAACAUUUUUUCAGACAUCAUACGGAUACACAUCGAUACAUUAAAAAAAAACAACAACUCUCUUACCACAAAUCACAACACCUACAUAAACAACACAAACAACAUUAAAAGAGACAGACACACAAACACCAUACACACAUGAAUACAAAACACUCGCCCAUUUUAAAAUAGAACGAGAAAAUCAGUGUAAAAUAGAUGUAGAAUUGCCAACCGAAGACUUUUUCUUCGGCAUAAAUUAAAUUUCAACCGUGGAUAAGAUAUCUCCGGUGGGCAGCACGCUUUUAUAACAAUUCAAGCGACACGCGAUUCUCAAUCGAAUCGAUUGAAUCGUGUGCAUAUUUUCAUAUUUUCUACUCACUAUGUGCAUAAAUUAUCUCAAUUUUAGACACAAAACAAAAAUUAACAACAGAAAGCCUCUAUUCGGUCGGUAAUACUAUUUAGUGGACGAUUUUUUUUCUUUUUUUAUUUCAAUUUUUUGUAUGAAUAGAGCAAUAGCACAUCGGAAAUCGAUAAUUCGAUGCCAUAAAAUAGACUUGUUAAUUUUAAAUCGCCGAAUUAACUUUUUUUAGGCUUCGCUCGACUACACACACAUACACAGACACACAUACACACAAAAUCUUCAAUUUGUCAAUUCGUUUUAAACAUUUAUUUAUUUAAUUUAUUUAACUUAUUUUUAUUUUAUUUAUUAAUUUAUUGUAAAAAAAAAAUGAAAUCAUUUGUACGAUGUUCCGGAUAACCGCUUGUUUCAUGUGUCCCAUUUUCGAAAAUCGCAUCGCCUCCAUAAAAGUAUUGUGAAUGGUUUAUUUUUUUUUUUUUUUUUGUAAAUGGAAAAAAACUCAUCUUUGGACGAAGUUUUUUUUGUUUUAAUUUUUUGUAUGCCAAUUUUACUUUUUAGUGAUAAACUGAAAUAUCAAUAUAAAGUAAAACCACAAUCGGCAAUAAGUUUUAAGUAAUUUAUUUUAAUAAUGAGUAACACUAUCGAAUCGACAGUAUGGCAAUUUGAAAAAUGAAAAAUAAUGGGCAUCAAAUUCGGACUAAAAACAACAAAACAAAUUCUACGAAUUCGUACGUUCUGCUUAUUUGCUUUUUGUUUUGUUCAACUAAUUAUUUUUUUUUGUAGUAAAGUGUUGGUUAAACUAAAAGACAAGAAAAGAAGAUAACAAAACACGUUUCGGUUCUGCAAAUGGAAAAAAAAUUAUUUAACGUUUGAUUUUACGAGAAAAAUGUUUGUUAAAUGUUCAUAAGUAAACCAAAAAAUAGACUGCCAAAUUCAUUACAUAAUA